AGUAGCAUGGCGUUGAUGGAGAGGGAAGACUGUGAAGACGGAGCUCCUUUAACGGCAAUGGCAAAAAACCACUUUGAUAUUGAUAGCCAAAUGAUCUUUACCAGUAUUAAUGUUUUAUCGUUAAGAAACAGAGCUGGAUUACUAACACUUCAUCGCCAAAAUCAGCGAUUCUACUUACCUGCUUUCAAACAGAAAUUGCCGACUCUCUUCCUCUGCAUCUUUAUCUCUAGCCUUUCCAUUUCCUGAACCCAGGUUGGGGGUUCAGAGUUUCCGACAUCCUAAACUUCCGGUCCAUACACACUUCCUUUAUCUUUCUCCCGUUUAUCUUCUCUCCUCCAAAACCAUCUACACUCCUCCAAUGACGCAGCCUCCGCCGCCUAAUCGUCAUCGUUCUGGUUCCGACCGCCGAAUCAUCGAUAACAAUGGCCCUGACCUUCGAGUUUACCAAGCUUGGAGAGGCAGCAAUAUAUUCUGCUUUGGGGGUAGACUUAUAUUUGGUCCAGAUGCGAGGUCGCUAUUCCUUACGGUAAUCAUUCUUCUAUUCCUUACAUCUUCACAAGAUCCUGGAAUUAUUCCUCGUAACCUCAAUCCUUCCGAUGGAGAUGGCUCAAGUAUGUCUACAGAUUGGCAAGCGAUUCAUGGUGUUGGUUCUAGUUUACCACCCAUGAAAGAUGUUUUGGUUAAUGGGAUAGUAGUCAAAAUCAAAUACUGCCAAACAUGCAUGCUAUAUCGCCCUCCAAGAUGCUCUCAUUGCUCUGUAUGCAACAAUUGUGUUGAGCGUUUUGAUCAUCAUUGUCCAUGGGUGGGGCAGUGUAUUGGAAAGAGAAAUUACAGAUUCUUCUCCAUGUUUCUGUCCUCCACAACCAUGCUUUGUCUCUACGUUUUUGCUUGUUGCUGGUUGAAUGUCUGGAGGAUAAUGGGCAUUUAUGAUUGUAAUCUCGGGAGGGCCUUUCUGAAGUCUCCCUUUUCAGGAAUUCUGAUAUUAUAUACAUUCGUAUGUUAUUGGUUUGUUGGAGGCCUCACUGCAUUUCAUCUGUAUUUGACAUGCACCAAUCAGACAACGUAUGAGAAUUUCCGAUAUCGUCAUGAUGGAAAGAUGAAUCCUUAUAACCUUGGUUGUGUGAAUAAUUUUAUAGAUAUUUUUUUCUCAGAAGUUCCCAAAUCAAAGAACAGUUUCAGGGAAAAGAUCAAGGGGGACUCAUAUUAACUUAAUGCCACUUCAAUGUCAGUGGGGCAUUCCUUGAGCUCAGAUAUAACCAAAACUAGCUUUGAUGUAGAAGUGGCAAAACGGCAAGCUGUUGCUGAUGAGGAUUUUGAAGAAAUGCAAAACCAUAUUUACAGUGUCGGUGGAUUGGACAGUUGCGGGACCCAACCAAGACACACAAAUCAGGAUCAUAAGGCCAUCUGGGAGUUAACACCUGAUAUACAAAUGUUGGCUGCUGAGCUUGAAUAACACCUGAUAUACAAAUGUUGGCUGCUGAGCUUGAAUUGGAGCAUGGCUUAAGAGAUAGAAAAUUUCUCGAGAUCAUUAAAGUUGUUUGUACUGUGUAAAUUAUGCGGGAGGAAAGCAUUCAUAUCUCAAAGGCCAAAGCCAUAUGACAUUCUCUUACUGGGUCUGGGCUAGUUGGAACUGGCCGUUGACAUGCCAUUCAACUGGAAGGAUGAAAGGGAUGUUAUAUGCUUCACAUUUCUCUAAGAGAAAAAGGAAAGGCAUUCUCGUGCUUGAUUAGGUAUGAAGGGUUACAUAAUGUAAAUCAAACUGUGUUAUUUUGGGAAUGUUGUGCUAUUAUGUGUUCAAUUUUCAGGAAAUUUAGUUGGCUGUUAA